AUGUUCAACUCACAUACAUUAUCACUCUCUAGUUCUUCAAUCUUAAUGGGGAACAAGAGGUCUGGCUUACUGUUCCCAAAUAUGGCUUUCAUGUUCAUUCUCACUCUCUUUUCCAUUUUGAGUUGCAAUUCGUUGGUAGCAUCGGGGAGCAAUAUCGUGGAGGAGCAGAGCAAUGUAGAAACUUACAUUGUCCAUUUGGAGAAGCCCGAUGACCGAGUUUUCACUCAAUCAGAUGAUUUAGAAAGCUGGUAUCAAUCAUUUUUGCCGGUAACCACUGCAAAUUCGAAUGAAGCACCGCGCAUAAUAUAUGCAUACCGCAAUGUGGUUACUGGUUUUGCUGCCAAAUUGUCUGCUGCGGAUGUCAAAGCCAUGGAAAAGAAGGAUGGCUUUGUGACUGCCAGGCCUCAGAAAGUACUGUCUUUACAUACAACUCACAGUCCUAAAUUCUUGGGAUUGCAACAAAAUCUAGGUUUUUGGAGUGGCUCAAAUUAUGGUAAAGGUGUGAUUAUUGGAGUUAUAGACUCUGGAGUUUUGCCAGACCACCCUUCGUUUGGCGACGGAGGAAUGCCACCUCCACCUGCUAAAUGGAAGGGGAAAUGUGAACUCAAUAGCACUUAUGCUUGUAAUAACAAGCUCAUCGGUGUAAAGCGUUUUAUCAGUGAUCCAGAUGAGACUGAGGUGGACGAAGAUGGGCAUGGCACUCACACAGCAAGCACUGCCGCCGGAAACUUUGUGAAAGGGGCCAAUGUGUUUGGCAAUGCCAAUGGCACUGCAGUUGGCGUAGCACCACUUGCUCACUUGGCCAUUUACAAGGUAUGUUCAUUUGGUUGUUCUGAUAGUGACAUAUUGGCUGGAAUGGACGCUGCUAUUGAGGAUGGUGUUGAUGUGCUUUCCAUCUCCCUUGGUGGAUUUUCCAGUCCUUUCUCCUCAGACAGUGUUAUCGUUGGUGCAUUUACUGCAAUGCAAAAAGGCAUUUUUGUGAGCUGUUCGGCUGGUAACUUUGGUCCGUUCAAUUUCUCAUUAUCGAAUGAGGCCCCAUGGGUUCUCACCGUUGGUGCAAGCACUAUUGAUCGAAGCAUAAGGGCCACUGCAUUACUAGGAAACACUGAAGAAUUUGAUGGCGAGUCAGUUUUCCAGCCUAAAGAUUUCCCUCCGACGUUGUUGCCUCUUGUUUACCCACAGUCAAACGGAACUGAAGAUUAUGCUCCAUUCUGUGCCACGGGAUCAUUGAACAACACCGACGUCAAAGGGAAGGUGGUGUUGUGUGAUGCUGGUGGUCCGGUAACAAGAGUAGACAAAGGACAAACUGUAAAGGAUGCUGGUGGAGCUGCCAUGAUUUUGAUGAACCAAGACUACAGGGCCUACACUACCUUUGCUGAUGUUCACGUCCUUCCUGCAACACAUGUGAGUUAUGCUGAUGGAUUAAAGAUCAAGGCCUAUAUAAAUUCAACAUCAAGGCCAAUGGCUACAAUCUUAUUCAAAGGAACCAUAAUUGGGGCUAAUCACGCUCCUAUGGUUGCUGCUUUCUCUUCCAGGGGCCCUAAUGGAGCAAGCCUAGGAAUUUUGAAACCUGACAUUAUUGGUCCUGGUGUGAAUAUUCUUGCUGCAUGGCCUUUCUCUGUGGAAAACAAAACCGAUACAAAAUCGACAUUUAACAUAGUCUCAGGUACCUCAAUGUCAUGUCCUCAUCUUAGUGGCAUCGCAGCUUUGCUUAAAGCUGCACACCCUAAUUGGUCUCCGGCUGCCAUCAAGUCCGCUAUCAUGACUACUGCUGAUCAAUUGAACCUCGACAACAAGCCCAUCAUCAAUGAAAGGCUACUCCCAGCUGAUAUCUUUGCCAUUGGAGCAGGCCAUGUCAACCCAUCAAAAGCAAAUGAUCCGGGACUUGUUUACGAUAUUCAGCCUGACGAUUACAUAUCUUACUUAUGCGGUUUGAAUUACACACGCCGACAACUUAUAGUCAUUGUGCAACGGCCGGUGAAUUGCUCAAAAGAAUCAACUAUUCCUGAAGCACAACUAAACUACCCUUCAUUUUCAAUCAUAAUGGGGUCGACUGACCAAACAUAUACCAGGACAGUAACUAAUGUUGGUGAAGCUAUUUCAUCGUACACUGUCGAGAUUUUUCCACCACAAGGAGUCGAUGUUAGUGUUAAGCCUACUAGGUUGGACUUCUCAGAUGUGAACCAACAGAUGACAUAUCAAGUCACAUUUAGCAGAUCGACUGGUGGCAUGAAUGCCAUCUCUGCACAAGGAUUCCUGAAAUGGACUUCUACCAAACAUGUUGUUAGAAGUCCAAUCGCUAUUCUGUUCGAGUGA